AUGCACGCCCGCUGCAGGUUUACGAUCGGCUGGCGUCGAAAGAGAAAGGCCAAGUUUCGCCCUGCACCCUCUCCCACGGCCGCAUCGCAAGGCGGCAGCAGUGCCGCCAGCGGUCGCUCACUGGUGACGCCCCUGGAAUCGGCAGGAACACCACCGAGCGAGCGUUCACCACGAGACGCGACAGAGAUUACAAGCAACGAUACUCCGAACUCCGAGGAGGCAGUCGCGCUUGGACUGGCAAAGAACGGCCUCUUCCGGUUCUUCAAGGAUGGCAUCUCGUCUUCCACCUGGAACGUCUUUGACAGCUGGGAUCGAAUGAGAGUGGUUUAUGUCGGCACACAUGUGUCCAACAUGACUCACCUCAUCCACCUUGACCAGCCGAACUCCGCGUGCCUUGUCUUCCCAUUCCCGCAGAUUCACCCUCCACUGAUGUUGAAGCCCGAUGUCGCGCAGAGCGGUACUGCCGCAGACAUCGUCCAGGAUGUGACUUCUCUCCCUGCCAAGGACGUGCGAGACAGCCUCGUCGAUUCCUACUUUGCUGACAUCAACCCACUUUUUCCCGUCGUUGACGAGGCCGCUUUCCGAGCUCGAUACGAUGGUGCGGACGGGCAACCGCCGCUGAUGCUCCUGCAUGCAGUGCUGCUGGUUGGGGCACAUGUAUCAACACAUCCUCACGUAGUGCCAGUGCGCUAUAUGCUCAAGGCGACUCUCUUUCGCCGCGCCAAACAGCUUUUUGAUAUGCGCCACGAGAGCGACCGGGUGCAUCUGGUUCAAACUGCUUUGUUGUUUUCCUGGCAUCUGCAAAAUGGCGACACAGCAAGCUCAGGUGGCUAUUUCUGGGCCGGCGUGGCCUGUCGCAUUGCUUUUGGCAUUGGCAUGCACAGGAACCUUUCGGUCACCACCAUGAGCCCAAAUCAGAACAACAUGCCCAUCGAGGACCGGCGUCAUUGGAGGCGCGUGUGGUGGACUUUAUUCCAGGUGGAUGCACUCUCGGCGCUGGAACACGGGCGGCCACCUAUGAUUCGGAUUGAGGACUUUGACCAGGCGCCCUUGGCGGCUGAUGACUUCAUUGAGUCCAAUGGCGUUCUGAACAGAAAGCUCAAUCUCGACUACUGCGCCCGGAAUAUUGACCUUUGUUACAUAGUUCUGGAUAUCGUCGGUCUCAGUGCGCCGCGCGUCUCCCAGCAAGCCAACCUUGUCGCACAGGCCUCAUCACUGAAUGCAAGACUGGUCUCCUGGAUGCUGGAUUUUCCACCAUCAGCCAACACCGAUACCUUUGCGGACCUGAAUUUACGGCUACACUACCACACAGCAGUGCUCCAUCUCUACAGACUCAUGUCGGAUGACGGUCCCUGUCCAGAACGCAUCAGGCACGACUAUCUAAGCAUCGUGAGCGGCUCAACAACUGCAAUCAUCUCAACCUUUGAGACGGUUCGGGCGAAGAACAUGCUAUACACACAUCGAAAGAGAUCCAGCGCCAGCUAG